AUUACAGGCCUGUACCAUGUGCUGUUUCUGAGCUGGUGUUUAUACCUCCCUCUGGCUGCUGCUCUAGACACACUGCUUCAUCCCAAGCCAGCCUCCUUCCCUCUGCAUCUCCUACGUUCAAUUUUUCCACUGAUCAAGCCUGCUUCAGACCCCAUCCUGGCUGGCAAGCAUUCUCUGAUGGAGCUAAGGGGACCUGCAGCCCUCAGUUUGUCCUUCUCUCAUGGCCCCUGCAAGUCCUGGCCAGGGGGCUGUGGGAAGAAGAGGCAUCAGGAACAAAAGUCUCCUCCCCUUAGCCCAAUCCUGCUGUGCCUUGGAGGGGACAAAGACUGGAGAACCAAGCCCCACUGUUUCCUGCGACAUCCAGACCAGCUGCUCCUCCAACUAGGGCUGAGAGAGAACUGCAGUCAUGAAUACCUUCCUGCUCUCAGCGCUGUGCCUCCUGGGAGCCUGGGCCACCCUGGCAGGGGGGGUCACCGUGCAGGAUGGAGACUUCUCCUUUUCCCUGGAGUCAGUGAAGAAACUUAAAGACCUCUGGGAUCUCCCGGAGCCUAAGAUUGGGAACUUCAGGAAGCUUGUGCCCACCCUUGGUAAGCCUGUGGCUCCUGUGAUCUGCAGCUAUGAAAAGUUUCCAGAAGAAAUCAAGCCUGUUUGCAAGGAGCCCAAUGCUGAGGAGAUCCUGCAGAGGCUGGAGGCCAUCGCUGAAGACCCGAGCACGUGUGAGAUCUGUGCCUUCGCUGCCUGUGCUGGAUGCUAGGGCGGUGGUGCUCACUGCCCUCUCCCAACUUUGCAGGGAAGCCCUGUCUUCUGCUGGAGGGGCAGCCUCUGAUAUUCCCACACCCAGCUGCACAACCUGCCCUGCCCCAGAAUUGGGGGUGGGGG